UAUUUCUUGCUUCUCUUUAAUAUAAAAACGCAGAGUAAGCCGAGAGUUGCCUUGCCUGCCGCCACUGAGGAAGGAAGAAGGAGAGUCGCCGUCUGCUCCGAAACAACAGCUGCAAACAUGGCAAGGGGAUUGAAGAAGCAUCUGAAGAGGCUCAAUGCCCCCCAUCAUUGGGGUCUUGACAAACUUGGUGGUGCCUUCGCUCCCAAGCCGUCUUCUGGACCUCACAAAUCUAGGGAGUGUCUUCCUCUUGUCCUGAUCAUCAGGAACAGGUUGAAGUAUGCUUUGACAUACCGUGAAGUCAUCUCCAUCCUCAUGCAGAGGCAUAUCCAAGUCGAUGGUAAAGUCAGGACUGACAAAACAUACCCUGCUGGCUUCAUGGAUGUUGUCUCCAUCCCCAAGACCAAUGAGAGCUUCCGUCUUCUUUACGACACCAAGGGACGUUUCCGUCUCCACUCCAUCAGAGAUGAGGAAGCAAAUUUCAAGCUUUGCAAGGUGAGGGCUAUCCUGCUCGGACGAAAGGGAAUCCCUUACCUCAACACUUACGACGGUCGCACCAUCCGUUACCCCGAUCCGCUCAUCAAACCGAACGACACCAUCAAGCUCGACCUCGAGGAGAACAAGAUCGUCGAGUUCAUCAAGUUCGACGUCGGCAACGUUGUGAUGGUGACUGGCGGUAGAAACAGAGGGCGUGUUGGUGUGAUUAAGAACCGUGAGAAGCAUAAGGGAAGCUUUGAGACGAUUCACAUCCAAGACUCGACGGGGCAUGAGUUCGCCACGAGGUUGGGUAAUGUGUUCACUCUGGGGAAAGGGACUAAGCCGUGGGUGUCUCUUCCAAAGGGUAAAGGUAUUAAGCUUACCAUCAUUGAGGAAGCUAGGAAGAGGCUUUCGGCUCAGCAAGCUGCUUAGAUGUUGAAUCGUUCAAGACCGUUUGUUCGCUUCUUGCUUCAGUUUUGAGUUUGUUUUUUUUCUUUCUAUUACAUGUUUCUUUCUUGCAAAACCCCCAUAAGAAAAAGAAAAACAGCUGAACGUUUUAGAGAGUUUUGUAAUAUUUGUAUGGAUAUUUUUUUUAUAGUAAUUUACUCUUCAAAAUCA